CCUGAGUCACCGGAGGGGCUUGUGCGGGCGGUGGGGCCGGGCGGGCACCUCUGAUCCUCCGCCCUGCCUUGCCCUGCCCUGCCGGUGCCGCCUCGGGAGCACCGCCUGGCCGGAGGAAGCGCAACAUUUAAAGAUCACAAACAACUGCCCUAUAAAAAGAAGGGGGGAAAAAACGAUCCUACUUGGCAACAAUGAGGUAUUUUCACUUCUGUAAGCUUCCAGGAAGAGUUAUGGGAAUCCGCCUACUCCGCUUCACCUCUGUGGUGAUCAUCGUCUUACUUCUUGUGGCAGGUGCUUUAACAGCUUUGCUUCCCAACAUCAAAGAUGACAAAUUGCCCAAUUUGAGAAGGGAACCAAAACCCCAGAGUCAGUCUACCUUGGAUUCAUUUACUCUUAUUAUGCAGACGUAUAAUAGAACUGACUUACUGCUAAAGCUCUUAAAUCAUUAUCAAGCCAUCCCCAACCUACAUAAAGUAAUUGUUGUGUGGAACAACAUUGGUGAGAAGACACCAGAGGAGAUGUGGAAUUCCUUGGGGCCUCAUCCUGUCCCUGUUGUCUUUAAAGUUCAAAGUGUAAAUCGCAUGAGAAACAGGCUGCAGAAUUUCCCUGAGCUGGAAACAAAAGCUGUUUUAAUGAUGGAUGAUGACACUCUAGUCAGUGCUCAUGACCUUGCUUUUGCCUUUUCUGUUUGGCAGCAAUUUCCAGAGCAUAUAGUGGGAUUUGUUCCUAGAAAGCACAUUUCUACUCCUUCAGGCGUAUACAGUUAUGGUAGCUUUGAAUUGCAGAACCCUGGAUUCGGAAAUGGAGAUCAGUAUUCUAUGGUUCUUAUUGGUGCAGCAUUUUUUCACAGUGGAUAUUUAGAAGACUUUCAACGGCAGCCAGAAGCAGUUUACGCCUUAAUAGAUGAAACUCAAAAUUGUGAUGAUAUUGCCAUGAAUUUUCUGGUAGCCAAGCAUACUGGAAAGCCUUCAGGUGUGUUUGUGAAGCCUGUUGAUAUAAGAAAUUUAGAAAAAGACACUAACAGUGGCUAUUCUGGAAUGUGGCACCGAGCAGAGCAUUUGUUACAGAGAUCCUACUGUGUAAAUAAACUGGUUAAUAUUUAUGAUGGCAUGCCCUUAAAAUAUUCUAAUAUCAUGAUUUCUCAGUUUGGUUUUCCUAAUUAUGCAAAUCACAAAAAUAAAAUGUAAGCCAAUGAAUUUAAGGUGUUAAAUGUUAAACUGUACUCAGUAAACUCCGCUGAGUUCAAGGAGAGAAUAAGGUGUAAUUACUGCAUCUUGGCCAUCCCUCUGUGUAGCUUCUGAUUUUUCUCCAUUGGGCUUUUAUGUGGGUUUUUUUUUCCUUUCUAACUAAUUCACCAAGGUAAGUUUUCUAAAAACUUAAUAUAUAACAAUGUUUAGCUGUGAUGAAAUCAUCCUCUUUCCUUAAAAUCUGAAAAGCUACUAUAAUUAUUAGGCCAAUUCUUCAGAAACAUGCAGUCAAAAAUGCACUCUCACCCUUCAGAUCUUACGUUUUGAUUCUUUUUUUCUUGAAUAUACUUAUCUAGUCUAAUGAGGCCUAGGCAUAUUUUUGAUGGUUAUAUGUUGAGAUGCUUCCUUGCUUUCCCUCUCCUCACCUCCUUCUGUUCCCAGUGAAACUGUAGAAGAGCUACAGUGAACUGCUGACCAGGUUUCUACACUCCUGUACAAAACCCCUUUGUAUAUAAGCUGUUUGGUGUCCUGAGAUGUUCUGAAGCUGCUAUGAAAGCAAGAAGAGUACCUCACCUUAAUCUCAGAUAGUCCUAAAACCAUUGCCUACCAUAUCUAUUCCUGCUGAGAUAGUGGAAAAUGAUCUGUGAUGUGGCUUUUUUUCCUAUUAUUGAUUUGCCUAGAGUUGCUGAAACACUGCAAGCAGCUGAAAGGUAAAUCCUAGCAGUUGGAAAUGUAAGAAACAUGAAUACAUGAAAUAUGACACGUAAGCAGUAAAAGAAAUGGAUGGGAUGUUAUUUAUUAAUACUCUCUUUAGUACUUAGUUUUAUUUUGAUAUUUUGCAUUUACAUUGAUACAAAAAUGUGCCCAGGAAAAUCCUCACUUGUUAAAAAUGUCUUAUUUACAAUUCCUAGUAAGAGCAAGCUGUUCUACAUUUAUUACAGUGUACAUUUUGUAAUUGUAAAGGUCUGUUGUUUUUUUUUAACUACUCUUUCAAAUACAUAUUUACUUUCUAGUUCCUUCUCUGGUUUUGGUGACUAUGACAACAGAAUUAAAAUGUGCAAUGAAUGGGUAAAGCAUUAGGAAAAAAAAGUAUUUUACACUACAGUGAUAUUUGACAGGGAUGGACUGUUAUCAGUCUCUGAAUUUCCUGGCUUCAUUUGUAGCAAGAAACAGAGCUGCUGUCAAUAGCUUUUGUUAAACUGGGGCUCUGUAGUUCUGGAAACCUUAUGUUAACAUAGGCAGGGCAAACCUUUUCCAUUACAGUUGCAGAAGGGUUGGGGUUUUUUGGGGGUUUUUUUAUGGUAUGGAAGAAAGAACAAAAGACAGUGAUUUUCCUGGACCACAGAAUCAGAUUUGGCAUCCAAAGCAGAUUUAGUUUCAUCUGCAUCAGCUUUUGAUUGAUUCUUAGUAUAAGUUCAAAGGUAUCUGUGGGCAACCAAUAACAGCUAAUACCUAGUAAACAAAUAGCAUCUGCACAAAAAAUGUAUAAUUUUAUCAUUUUUUUGUAAUACAUUAGCUGAACAAAAAGUGAUUGAAGAAUGUGACAAGUUCUUUAUAGCAGGGUGUGAGUCUUUGGGGGAACAGAGGAUUCUUUUGCCUUGUUCUAUCAGUGCUAAAGGAUUUGAUUUCUGUUCAGUGAAGUCUUCCUAGUACUUUUGUAAGACUUAAAGGGCAAAAUCUUAACAUGGCAUUGUAAAGUCUGCUUAAUUUUGUUGUAAUAGUGAAAAGUAGUUUUUAAUUAUUGUGUUGUAGUGCUUGGUAGUAUACGAACAGGUCUAUCAUCUUUCCAGAAAUGCAACUUUCCCAGUUGUAGUUUACUGUAUUUCUUUUACUUACUGGUCUUCCGUAAUUUCUGUUCUGUGCAGUAUCAGCUAGAAUUGUGAAGACUCACAGUUGUUGUUUAUCUUAUUUUUAAAAUGUGAAACAAACUGUCAGCUCAGCCAAAUCUUAGUAUUGGGCCCUGUGUUGGAUGGAAGGAGUUGUUUUGAUUUGUUCUGGGGUUUUUUGUUCUUCUGUAUCAGUGAAAAAAUGAAUAGAACAAGCUUUUAAUGAUAUUGUUAAAUUUAAUUUGUACCAUUGUCAAAUAAAAUACAGAAAGCAGA